AUGUCCCUGUUCAAACCAUCUGUCCUCAGCCGGGGCGCCCGUGCCCGCAUCUCCGCUCGGACUGCUGCGUCACUCAACCCGCGGUCGGUCCAUAGUGCGGCCCCGACUGCUACAGGCCGCGUCCAACCUUCGUCUUCUCUUCCCACCGCCAGGACUCUGUCCACGUCCUCCGCCUCUUCGCCCCAUGCUCGCGCCAACAACAUCCCUCCCGCGGAACCGUGGAAGCGCCAUCCGAGCCAAGACUCGCACACCCCCGUCGUCGCCUCGUUCUUCGAAAAGGCGACAUGCACGUGGCAGUACAUCGUGUCCGACCCUGCGACCUCCGAGGCGGUCAUCAUCGACUCGGUCUUGGACUACGACCCAGCUUCGGGGGCAAUCAAGACGGCGACUGCGGACGGGUUGAUAUCGUACGUUGAGCACAACUCGUUGAAGGUUACUAGGAUCCUGGAAACCCACGCGCAUGCCGACCACCUCACCGCCGCCCAAUACAUCAAACAGCAGCUGGGCGGCAACGUCGCGAUAUGCAUAGGCAAGCGGAUCACGCAAGUGCAAGAGGUGUUUGGGCCGCGAUAUGCGCUCGACAGCUCCCUCUUCAAGGACGCAUUCGAUGUCUACUUCCAAGAUGACGAGGUGUUCAACCUCGGCUCCUUGUCGUGUCAAGUGUGGCAUCUGCCCGGACACACUCCCGAUCACGUUGGCUACGUGAUUGGCAAAGCUGUUUUCACCGGAGACUCGAUCUUUAACCCCGAUGUUGGCUCUGCCCGAGCCGACUUCCCGGGAGGCAAUGUCGAGACGUUGUACUCCUCGAUGCAGCGUCUGCUGUCCAUGCCCGAAGAUUACCGCCUGUAUGUCGGUCACGACUACCCGGUGGACCGCAACCACACGUGCUUCAGCACGGUGGCUGAGCAGCGUGAGAGGAACAAGCACGUCAAGGUGGGAACGGAUGCGGCGACAUUCAUCCAGUUCCGCAGGGAGAGAGACGCGGUUCUUGGCGCUCCACGUCUAUUGCAUCCGUCGUUGCAGGUGAACAUACGCGCGGGUCGGCUGCCCCCGGCAGACGAGCAUGGCCUUAUUUGCAUUCGUACUCCUGUGAAGACCGAUUUGAAGCUGUAA